GUCAUUGUUUGUUUUUUUUUCCCGAAACUAAUUUAAAAUGAUAUUUGAUAAUGCAAAGAGAUCCUUUAACACUACUAAAGCUGGAUGAAAAUAUUACAUCAUCUUAAUGAACAAACAAGAAAUAAUAAAAUACAAGAUUUAAAACUCCCUUUCCCAAGGUGCACCUGUGCUUGCUGGGGCCUUCCUGGCCCACACUCCUUACCGGAAGGUAGCGGUAAAUGCAACCUAAAGUUUUUUGCCAACCGCCAUAAAAUUAAGAAGAAGAAGAAGAAGAAUGCACCUGUGCUUCCCCAAACAAAGAUGGCGACCACCGGCUGCAAGAGUCGGGUAGUAACUUUGGAAACGGUUUUAAAAUCUUCUUUAUUAGUCAGACAGCGGAAUCAUUUUAAUCCACAUAAUAAGGAGAUUUUUUAAGGAUUCCUAAAAUAUCUGCGCAGGGUGUGUGGGUUAUAAGGAGAGCCAGCGGACGGACCGGCGGAGCUUCAGACCGACACCGAGCCGCAGAUGGACGCAGAGCUGCCGGCUGGAGGCUGCCGGAAGUUCCCGGUGUGGAUCAUCGAGCAUGUGUGGGCUCACAGGAUGAUGGACAUACAAGAAGUGCUGGACCCCUGCAGCUGGCCAGAUGUGGACUCUCAGCCUCUGAGCCUGGAGGACUCGUGGAGGCUACGAGUCACUUCGGCCCGAGUUUAUUCCAUCGUUAAGAGUCGAGACAUGCAGCAUUUUGAGACGGCGCUGAGAUUCCUGGAGGCUACGUUCAGACUUCUGCCCCGACUGGUGGCCGCCAUCAAACACAUGAAGAUCAUGUUCGGCCUCAAGACCAUGGUUAUUAUGUGGAUGCUGAAGCAGCGCAGAGGAAUGAUUGAAACUGUGUCUAAAAUCAUCCAGUUCUUCCCAAACAAGCUGCCUCAGUACCAGGACCAGUGUAGUCAACGUGAAAUGUUCCUCAUGAGGAAGAACCACGAGGACUUUAAGGGUUUCGCACAAACACUGGCGAUGGAGAAGGACAGACUGGAGGAUUAUAUAAAGGACCAGAUGGAGGAGCAGUACGGAGAACGUUACGCCCAGAAAGUGGAAGAGCGACUGCUGCUUUAUCUGCAGCAGCUGGAGGCGGUUUUACCCGGAGACACUUACAUCGAUACGAUACUGAAGAAACAAAGUCCUGUGACGGAGGAGGAGAAGCUGCUGCUGGAGGUGAUCAACUCCGACUCCUCCACCAUCGCCCACGACUCUGAAGAAACUGCUGCACUGUGAUGUUGCUUCCUGCCGUCCAGCCACUCAGAGCACCAGAAUGUGGGCAGAAAGGAGCGGAAACCUGUAAGAUAUCAGAGUCUGCUCAAUGUGGCAGCUCCUCAAAGCGUCGUGUAGAGUCAGGAGAAACCAAAAACUCCUCAGUCAGACAUUGGACCAGAGAGCAGCCCUCUGUUGUUGGAAAGUUCUUCAGACGUUGGAGGACAACCAGGAGAGGAAGCCGAGGUGGUCGAGAGGGUUGAAGGAGGAAGUAGUGACAAUAAAAGCAGCAGUGGAAGCAGUGAAGAUGUUCAGAAAGCCGCCUCCUCCUCCUCCCUCAGUUCUGCUGCAAACACCAGCGCUGGGUGAAGAGCAUCCUGAAUCAAUGUCCAGACGAAUGCUCCGAAGAGCUGCAGCUUCAGGCCAACAUCUCCUCAUCUCCACCGCUGUUCCCGUCGUCCUCGUCUACCUCCUCGUCUCAGGAUCUAACCCCGUCCGACCUCGUCCCCUGUCCUCCUGAUCGACCUCCUUCUCAGAUGGCAGCUCAGACAUCCAAACAGCAAACCCCAGGCAGACGCCAAGCUCUGGAUCCACGUCUGAAUCUGAGCCUAGAAUCCCUCUGCUGCCUAAUCUGAUAUCGCCGGUGGUCAACUGGUGGAUAUUGGCCUUCUUGAAAGGGAGCCACGCCAUCUUUAAACUCAUCCGAAAUCUCCAGGUCGCUUUAUUAUAUGUAAACCGGCAGCUUCUGCUUCCAGUUCCUCAGAUACCAACUUCUGUAGCACCUUCUGCACCUGAGGACGUUCCUACCUCCACCGAUUAUCCACCAAGUCGACAUAGUUUCUCCAGACUGUCACCAAAGUUCAAACAGGAAACCACCAGACAUUCACCAACUUUGACAAGGAACCAGUCGAUUCCUCCUCCAGUCCUCUGAUAUCAACUCCAGUAGCAGCUCCUGCAUCUCAGGGUGUACCUACCUCCACCUACGAUCAACCAUCUCACAUAGUUUCUCCAGACUGUCACCAAAGUUUGGACAGGCUAACAACAAACAUUUGCCAGCUGCACCCCAGGAUGUUUCCACCUCCAUCAGCUGUCCACCAACUCAACAUACUUUUCCAGAUUGUCACGAAAUUUCGCACAAGCAACCACCAGAUCUUCCCCAGUUUUGACAAGGAAACAGGCGUCUUCUGCUUCUAGUCCUCCGAUACCAACUCCUGUAGCAUCUCCUGCAUCUGAGGACACUUCUGUUUCCAUCGAUUAUCCCCCAACUCGACAUACUUUCUCCAAACUGUCCCGAAAGUUCGGACAGGCCACCACCAGACAUUCGCAAGGUUUGAAGAGGAAACCAGCAGCUUCUGCUUCUAGUCCUCAAAGACUUCCAGCACCUCCUUCAUCUGAGGAUGUAUCUACAUCCAGUGUUUAUCCACCAACUGGACAAAGUUCCUCCAGAUUGUCACGAAAGUUUGGACAAGCAACCACCAGACAUUCGUCAGUUUUGACAAGGAAACGGGUACCUUCUACUUCUAGUCCUCCAAUACCAAAUCCUGUAGCAGCUCCUGUAUCUCAGGAUGUAUGCACCUCCAACAACUAUCAACCAUCUCAACAUAGUUUCUCUCGCUUGUCACGAAGGUUUGGACAAGUUACUACUAGAUCUUCGCCAAUUUUGACAAGGAGACGGGCAGCUUCUGCUUCCAGUCCUCCAAUACCCAUUCCUCUAGCAUGUGAGGUUGUAUCUCUCUCCACUGAAUCUAUCUCCAGUGACUAUCAACCAACUCAACAUACUUUCUCCAAACUUUCACGAAAGUUCAGACAGGAAACCACCAGACAUUUGCCAGCUUUGAGAAGGAAACGGGUAUCUUCUGCUUCCAGUUUUCCGAUACCUUUAGUAGCUCCUGCAUCUGAGGACGAAUCUGGUUCCACCGACUAUCAACCAACUCGACAUACUUCCUCCAGACAGUCAAAGUUUGGACAUGCCACCACCCGACAUUCAGUUUUAGCCUUAGCAGAGCAGUUUCCAAAAGACUCCAGGGCCUUUCAAAUGACUUGUCCAUCCUUAUCCAGUCGUUCUACUCUUUAUUCUUCUGUCUCUACGUCUCAAUCAUGGAGUUUGUCCUCAGUCUGGACCACUAACACUUCAUCUACCACAUCUUCUCAACAACCUCAGAGCUCCACUGACUCUCAGUCGUCUCGAUCAGAAACUCCAUCCAACGGCGAGCGCAGAGCCCAGCCGAGGUUAUCGCUGCAGAGUCAGGCGGUGCUGCUGCAGUCCAAGCUGCUGCAGCCUUUCGUCCGUCUAACCCGGCUGACCGUUAACGAGUGCAACCGAGCGACUGACGGUAGAGCCUCAACCAGACGUGAAGAGUUCAUGGAGCAAAGCAGCAAUGAGGACGUCGAAAGUAAUCAGAAGGACGACGCUGAUUCUUCAUUUGACGUGAACUGUCUUUUCUCAAGCAGCAGCAGCGACGACUCACCGGACAGCGACUCCGAGUACAGACCUCACAUCAGUACGAAAAGACUUCUCUUAGAGUACGCGAAUGCCAGGAUGCUGACCGGAAGUUUUUAACGCAGUAAUCCCGACACAGGUGCAUCAGAUUUGUGUUUUUAGGAAGGACUUUUAUAAACUCUGAACUUAUCUGCUGACAUGCACCCUGAUACCCUGAGGACGUAAGUGUAGCUCUAAUAGAAGUCGUGUUUUACAUGCAGUUUGUAGCAUCGCAGUAGAAAAAGUUCAUGGAAGUGGCGAAAUUUGAUUGUAACCAACACCUUAAGACUGUUCAUUGGUGUUUCUUUGGUGGUGGUUUUGUUUCUUUCUCUCCUCUAUUAUUAUUAUUAUAGCUGCAAAGAUUAAUUGUACACUAUUUAUUUGCCAACUAUUUUGAUAACUGAUUCCAGUUAUGAUUAAGGGGGAAAAAAAGUCCAAGUUUCUGAUUGCAGCUUCUUAAACAUGAAUAUUUUAUGAUUUCUUUCCUUCUCUAUGACACUAAACUGAAUAUUAUUGGACCUUAAGGAAACCCUGAUCUGCAUUUUUCACCUUUUUCUGACAGCUUACAGACCAAACAACUAAUGAAGAAAAUAACUACAAGCUGUGGUCCAAGUUUACAGUGAGUUUCUUUGCCUUGAAACUGCAGACUUUUUAAAAUAAAUACUGUUGGAGGUGGUGAUAAUUCAACAAAACAGCAGCGUUAUGAACAGUAAAAGCAAAAUAAUAAGCUAAGAGAUGCUACUCUGCUCUGAAGGGAUGACAGUCAUUUUGUUUUGCAUUCGUUUCCAUGAAAACCCACCAAAAGGCGGCUUGAAGGCAGAUUGACUCCCACUUAUUAAUCAAGAAAAUAUUCAACAAACUCAUCAACAGUCCAAUAUCUACAAUCAGCUUUAACUUCUGCUACAUCUGGCAGCUGACUUUGGCCUAAAAAGCCAAAAUAAAGAGGUUAAGUGCAGCUUUUUAAGCAGGUUACUGUACUUUAUUGUACUGUUUUAAAUGGUGCUGAUUAUCGUGAUGUAGCGGUGUGUCGUGAGGUUUUAUUUUGCAAUAACUGAUGUUCUUAAAAGAGGGCUUGUGAUGUGAUUUUGUUGCUUGGUUGAUCCAGAACAGAGAAGUCGUGACACCAAAAUAAUAAAAUCUCUGAUGCUCUGAUGUUAUUCUGGACACCACAGCAAAAAAUAAACCAUUGAAAUAAA